AUGGCCUCCACAUCAACCCCAACACCGACACCAAGCACAAGCACCUCGAAUUCGAUACCGUCAGCCAGCACAGAGGACCUCGUGUUCGAUGAAGCCGAGAUUGAGCGGAUCCUCAACUCGGAAGCGACGCUCGUCUCCCGAGAAGCCGAGGUCAGUGCAGCGCUGCGGGUGACGACAAAGCGUGUGGGCUGAUUCAGUCUCUUCCCCUUGCUGCCCAGGUCGCUCGGGUACUCAAGGCGUUCCGUAUGAACCCUUACGACGUACUGCAACUCGACUUUAUGCCGUCCGCGAACCUCACCGAGUCCGACAUUCGCAAGUCGCCCUCCUCACUUCGGUUUGGGGUGCAUACUGAUCGAGUCGAUGGCAUGCUUUGUGCAGAAAAGACCUAUCGCAAGAAAUCGCUGUUGAUCCAUCCGGAUAAGCUCAAGCAUGAACAGGCGAUCGAGGCGUUCGAUCUGCUCAAGAAGGUGCGCGCCGCGGAUCCAAUCCAACCUCUUUGAUAAGCCCACUCACUCACCUAAACCUCCUCUACAAACAGGCCCAAACCGAACUCGUCGACCCCAAACGCCGCGAAGCGCUCGACAACAUCAUCCUCGACGCUCGGAUGCUCGUGCUCCGAGCCGAGGGCAUGGCCCCCAUCACCCCCGACACUUCCCCCCGCGUCACCUCCCUCACCAACCCCGAUUUCCGAGAACGCAUCCGGCUCAAGACGAAGGAACUCUUGAUCGACCAAGAGCUGAGAAGGAGGAGGGUCAACAAGAUGACGAUGAUUGCGGAAGGCGCCCAGGCGAAGAAGGACGAGGAGGCGUUGGAGAAGAGAAAGAGAAAGAUGGAAGAUGACAAGCGGUGGGAAGGUACGUGCGACAAAGAAGGUGCAUCAGGAUCGAGAUGAUCGAGUGCUUACGUAGAGUUCUUUGAUCGUCCCAUCCAGAGACCAGAGAAGACCGCGUCACCGAUUGGCGCUCGUUCCAAAAAGGGGGCAAGAAGAAGAAGACGAAAACAAAUGUGCUCGGAUCAUAG